ACCACGUCUAACGAUGAAAUGAAACCCCCUCUCCAUCACCAUCACCAUCACCAUCACCACCACCUCCUCCUCCGUUCCCUUCUCAACGAAACCCUAAACCCUCUCCACCACCUCCGAGCUCUCUCCACCUCCUCUCCCAAUCCCCGCACCACCCAUGUCCCCGAAUCCCCUCCUCUCCCCCCCGCCACCUCCCUCUCCCACCGCCACGCCCGCUCCCUCCCCGUCUCCGGCUCCCCCGCCCGCGCCCUCCACCUGCUCGACGAAAUGCCCCAACCAAACCUCGCCUCCUACAACCUCACCCUAUCAUCCUACAAUCGCCUCUCUCGAUUCGACAAAACCAUCUCCGCCUUUCGCCGGCUCCGUCUCGCGGGCUUCGUCCCCGACCAAUUCGCCUACGGUAGCGUGCUCUCGGCUUGCGCCGCUUCGGAGGACGUUGCAUUCGGCGAGCAGGUCUAUUCAAUUGUUUUGAAAUAUGGGUUUUGCUCUAAUGGGUAUGUUUGUACCGGAAUGAUUGAUCUAUUUGCGAAAAAUGGGAGGUUCGGUGAUGCAGUGAAGGUGUUUGAGGAAAGUGCUAAUCGCGAGAAUGUUGUUUGUUGGAAUGCCGUUAUCGCUGGAGCGGUGCGGAACGGCGAGAAUUCGGUUGCUUUGCGGCUUUUUUGUGAUAUGCUUGCCGGGUUUUGUGCGCCGAAUGGCUUUACCUUCUCGAGUGUUCUGUGUGCUUGUGCAGCGGUCGGGGAGCUCUGGGUUGGUAGGGGUGUACAUGCUUUGGUGGUCAAAUGUGAUUCGGAAGCCGAUGUCUUUGUCAGAACUGCCAUUGUAGAUUUGUAUGCGAAAUGCGGGGAUAUGGAUGCGGCGAUGAACGAGUUCGUGCAUAUGCCGAUUCGUAAUGUGGUCUCUUGGACCGCGAUUAUCUCCGGUUUUGUUCGGGAGGAGGCCGCAUUUGAUGCUCUAAGACUUUUUAAAGAAAUGAUCAAAAGCGGUGUAGAGAUUAAUAAAUGCACUGUAACUAGCGUCCUACUCGGCUGCUCGAAGUCGUCAAGGGCGAAAGAGACUAAUCAAAUACAUUGCCUUACUUUGAAGAAUGGGCUGUAUAUGGAUUCUGUUGUAAAAGAGUCUUUGAUUAGCACGUAUGCCAAAAUUGCGAAUUUUGAAUUGUCUGAGAGGGUUUUCGAAGAAAGUGGCGCGGUGAAAAGCCCCGCUACUUGGUCGGCUUUGAUAACCGGUUUGAGUACUCACAGCUCGAUAAGAUCGAUCGAACUCUUAAAGAAGAUGUUUCGUGAAGGUUCUAAACCCGAUUCAAGAUGUAGCUCAGUUGUUCUUAGCACCAUUGACUCGGUAGAGCUCGGGAAACAAUUCCACUCUGUUGUUGUUAAAGAUGGAUCUGUUCAUGAUGUUCUUGUGGGUAGCGCACUUUCUACCAUGUAUUCUCGGUGUGGUGGUAUCGAAGAUGGGUACAAAAUUUUUAUGCGAAUGAAGGAAAAGGAUCGAGUUUCGUGGACUUCGAUGAUUUCUGGAUUUUCAGGACACGGUCGUUCAGUUGAAGCAUUUCAGUUAUGCAGGGAAAUGAUUUUUGAAGAUAUUAAACCUGAUCCCGUAGCUUUAUCUGCCAUUCUCGCAGCAUGUGAAGGUCAUAAGUGUUUAAUAAAAGGAAUGGAGAUUCAUGGAUAUGCUCUUCGUUUUGGAUUCGGGAGUGAGAUGCCUGUCAAUAAUGCUCUUGUUUCCAUGUAUUCCAAAUGUAAGAAUCUAGUAUUAGCGAGGAGGGUUUUUGAUCGAAGUUUAUACAAAGAUCAAGUCAUGUGGUCCUCUAUGGUGUCAGGGUACGCGACAAAUGGCUAUAGUGAGGAGGCACUGUCGCAAGUCAAGUCCAUGCUGAGUGCUGGUUUUGAGCUCGACCAUUUUUCGUGUUCGUCUAUUCUUGGUUUAUGUGCUAACCUAUCAAAGCCUUGUUUCGGUAGGCAAUUACACGGCCAUGCAAAUAAAGCCGGAACGAUACUCCAUCUUUCUGUGAGUUGCGCACUACUCGCAAUGUACUCAAAAUGUGGUAGCAUUGAGGAUUCUCGUAUAGUAUUCGAAGCGAUAGAAAACCCUGAUUUGGUCACAUGGACGGCUAUGAUAGACGGAUAUGCUCAGCAUGGAAGUGGUCUUGAAGCUCUCAGUAUCUUCAAAACGAUGAUUAAACAUGGAAUGAGCCCAGAUUCUGUAACUCUAGUGAGUGUUUUAUCCGCUUGUAGCCGCAACGGUUUGGUCGAAGAAGGCUUUUUCUAUUUUAAUUCCAUGAGAACUGUUUUUGGGAUCGAACCCGAGUCUCACCACUAUGCAUGUAUGGUCGAUUUACUUAGCCGAUCAGGGAGGCUUAUAGAAGCUGCAAACUUUAUUAACAGCAUGCCGAUAAAACCGAAUUUUCUGAUUUGGAGUACAUUGCUUGCUGCUUCUAGGGUUCAUGGUGAUGUUGAGCUGGGAAAAUUAGCGGCAAGGAAGGUUCUUGAGAUGGAGAAUUGUGAUUCGGGUUCGUAUAUUUCUCUAUCGCAUAUCUCUGCAGAUAUUGGAGAUUGGGAAGAGGUAUUGAGGAUUAGAAGAUCUAUGAAGGGUAGUUCUAUGAAGAAAGAACCUGGGUGGAGUAUUACAUAAACACUGGGUUUGACAUGGUAUAUAAUCUUUUGCUGUUACAACUUGAUCAUUAAAUUAAGAGGAGGGAUUUUGUUUUGCCUCCACCACUAUGCCUAAACCAAUGCUUAAUUUGUAUAAAGAGAGAUGUUGUAGAAGGUAUUGAUGAUUUUCGGAGUUCGAAGAUCCGAGGGAUUGAAGAAGAAAUUCCCUCUGAUUAAUGUUGAACAAAAAUAACACAUAAUGUUACAGAAAAAGAGAAUGUGAAAUGUGAUGUUUUGGUUAUUCAACUGGAGUAGGAAAAUUCAGGGUGGGGAACUGAAAUAACAAGGUACUGCUUCAGAAGGAAACAUGUGCAGCAGUGCACAUGAAUGGAGAGAGUGAUAGAGCUUGUUAUGUGAUAUCAAUUAACCCUCUGUUUUAACUAUUUUUACUUGAUUUUCUUUGUAAUCUCUACAUUCCAUCAUGAUUCUGCUAAUUCAUUAAUGUGACAUGUUCUACUAAUAAAGGUUUAUCAGCGAAUGAAUAAAACAAAAGCAGAAAAGAAGUUUGUUUGCAAUA